GUAAACCAGUCCAGACAUUGUUCGGAUUUAUUCGUAACUUAUCCCUACUGCCGUCAUGGUAACCUCAGUACACUAAGAUGGCGAAGUUUGUAAUUGCAGGUCAUUCUGACUGUCCAUACUUUGCUAGAGCAGAAUUGCUUGGAGACAAACUAUCAAUAAACCUUCCAGAUUUCAAACUACACAAGAUUGUCAAAACACCAGAAGAAUGGAAGUCCUGGCUUACAGAUACAUGCCAUGAAAGGGGCUGGAAUCAUGAGAAGUCCCCUCUUGUUUGGCGGGAACUCAUUGACCGCGGUGGUAAGGGAGUCCUCAUUGGUGGUGCCAACGAGUUCCAGGAAUAUGCACAGGGCUACUAUGGCAUCGAGUCAGAACUUGUCAGCAAUGACAUGACCAAAAUUGCUGCAGAAAAUGCAAAAAUAAAAACUGAAAGCGAUAAAGAAGAAGCAGAAUACAAGGCUCACAGCCAGCCAGUAAAUGUUUGCAUCACCAAUGCUUCAUCACAUGUGUGUUAUUCUCUUCUUAAUUCACUCACCAGAGGUGAUGUUCUUGGAAGUAAUGUUGAACUGAUGGUGCGCUUGUUUGACAAUACCGGGGAGAAGGAAUAUUUGGAAGGAGUCCGAAUGGAAACUGAAGAUCUUGCUAAUGGUCUCUUGAGAGGUAUCAAAGUUGAAACAGACAUUACGGAGGCAUUUAGAGACUGUAGUGUUAUAAUCCUGUUAGACGAAAUUCUACAAGGAGACAAAACCAAAGAGGAAUGGAUUAAAGAAAACUCUGAACAUUUUGUAAAAUAUGCUAAAGUGAUAGAUAAAGUUGCUAACAAAUCCGUAAAAGUGCUUGUAGCUGGAGCGGGUCCAGUCAACUUUAAUGCAACCAUGAUGAUUAAGAAUGCACCAAAUAUUCCACGACAGAACUUUGUGGCUAUGUCAAGAUUGGUUGAAAAUCACUCAAAAUCAAUAAUUGCAGAAAGACUGAAAGUUAACACAGCUGGUGUUGUUGAUUUGAUCAUCUGGGGUAAUCCCAAUGGCCAACAUUACAUUGAUGUCUCGAACAGCAGAGUUCAUGGUUAUGAUGGUUCAAUCAUUGGUCCAGACUCCUUCUCCGUUUCUGGACCAGAGAUGGUAUUCGAUCACCUGUGGUUGGAAACAGAGUAUCUAGACUUGGUAAAAACAAAGCAGGCAAAAGCAGAGAUAGCUAUGGGACACCCUGCUGUCUUAUCUCAAGCUUCUGCAAUCAACUCUACUUUGAUGCAUUGGUGUAAUGGCUCACCCUCUGGCCAGAUAUUUUCAUUGGGAGUGUGCUCCAAUGGAUGGUAUGGUGUGCCCAAGGGAAUGGUGUUCUCAUACCCAGUCACCUUUCACCCUAAAGGUUAUUGGUGUGUUGUCCAAGACAUUGACCUUUCGGAAGAAGUAAAGGGCAAAAUACUAGAAACUAUUCAGGAUCUAGAGUCAGAACUUGAGGUGAUAUUUCCACGCCCUAAACCUCCAACACCAGAGAGUGAUGAGAAUGUGUCCAAUAAUCAGACAUCUGAUGGUGAAGACAAAGGUGCAGAUGGUGAGCAACGUUUAGAAACAAUCGUUGAAGAGAAGAAAGAAACCUCUGAGGAAGAAGGGGAGACAACCACUACGGAGGGUGAAAAAAGUACAACAGAGGCAGAGAAAACUGCCACUGAGGGAGAAAAGGAGGGUGAUAAAUCUGCUGGGGAGGGCGAGAAGACAGACGAGGGAGAAGCAGAGAAAACUGAAGAGAAAAAGGAAGAAGUAGCUGAAGAGGAGUCAAAAGAUGAACAGUUACCAACAGAAUAGAUGGUGUUUAGAAUCUGAACUCAUUUUACAUUGAAAUGUUUUUGCUAAUAAAAUUUGUUAAAAUAAGAUAGGAAUUGUCUUAAGAAAGAAAACAAGUGUUUAUUUUGUUUACAGCUGUAAACAUACUAAUUAUAUAUAGAGAUGUUUAUGAUUAAUUUAAUACAGACUGUGAUAUUACUUAUUCUGUAGCAGUUACUUUGAAAUAUUGUUUUCAUGGUAUACAUGUUUCACAUUCCGAGACAAACCAUUGCUUAAUAUCUUGUCUUUGCAUUAUGAAGGGAUGUGUGUAUGUAUAAAUAAUCUUCUAUGUACCAGCUAAAAAUUUAUGUCAGAUUUAUUCAAAUUUAGAUACUACAAAUAUUUAACAUACUUUAUUUAAAAGAAAAUAUGUUAAUGGAAGUUUUUUUUACACAUAAAAACUUUCAUCAAAAGAUAUUGGCUAAAUAUUUGUCACAGUUACAUGCAUUCAUUUAAUACUUUCUCAUGCAAUUUUGUUGAAAAAGGAACAUUAAAUUUUAUACAUCA